AUUCCAUGCAUAGCACGGGUUAAUGCUGGUAUACAUACAUUGGAAAUUCAAUUUUCCAUGUUCUUCAGAAGUCUGCAAUAGAGAUGCUUAAACAGAAAGCUAUUCUUUCAUUUUCAAUCCAUGAGCACAAGACUUUGUGCGUGCGCGGAGCCUCCCCUAUUUUCUUUUUGCAGUCUACACUGUCUAUAGACGACUACUGUUGGUAGAAUUUUUGGUCUUGGCAAUCAUCAUCAAUCAUGCUAUCACUGCAAAGCGAUCCCCGUCAACACCACCAAAUGCAACAACAGCAACAAUUCCCGCUGCAGGGGGGGCAUCAGGUUCCUACUAGGGUUUUGUUCAGUGGCGAUCAUUGUGACCCAGAGUCGUCCUUGGCGGCUCCUUCGAAUCUCAAGCUCUCACAGGCGGUCAACACCACCCUUGAAGAUGAUGAGGACGUGCUUUUGGCCCUUGCUCAUCAAAAUUACAAAGCUGGUAACUACAAGCAGGCAUUAGAACAUAGCAACGCUGUUUAUGAGAGGAAUCCACGGCGUACUGAUAACCUUCUUCUUUCGGGUGCCAUUUAUUAUCAGUUGCAAGAUUUUGAUAUAUGUGUUGCAAAGAAUGAAGAAGCUCUUCGAAUUGACCCACAUUUUGCUGAGUGCUAUGGGAACAUGGCAAAUGCUUGGAAGGAAAAAGGCAACAUUGAUUUGGCUAUCCGCUAUUAUUUGUUUGCGAUUGAGCUUCGUCCCAAUUUUGCUGAUGCAUGGUCUAACUUGGCUAGUGCAUAUAUGCGGAAAGGAAGGCUUACUGAGGCAGCUCAGUGUUGUCGCCAGGCUCUUGCGCUAAACCCUCAUUUGGUUGAUGCCCACAGUAACCUUGGGAAUCUGAUGAAAGCUCAAGGUUUAGUGCAAGAGGCAUAUAAUUGCUACGCUGAAGCUCUACGUUUGCAACCAACUUUUGCUAUAGCAUGGUCCAACCUUGGCGGUCUUUUCAUGGAAGCAGGUGAUCUAAACAGGGCUCUCCAGUAUUACAAGGAAGCAGUAAAGCUUAAACCCACAUUUUCUGAUGCCUACCUGAACCUGGGUGGUGUUUAUAAGGCUUUGGGAAUGCCUCAAGAAGCAAUUGUGUGUUACCAGCGUGCUCUUCAAUCGCGUCCAGACUAUGCUGUGGCUUUUGGUAAUUUGGCUAGCAUAUAUUAUGAGCAGGGGAAGCUGGAUAUGGCGGUGCUCCAUUAUAAGCGAGCCAUUGCUUGUGAUGCUGGAUUCUUGGAGGCAUAUAAUAAUUUGGGCAAUGCACUUAAAGAUGCUGGCAGAGUCGAUGAAGCAAUUCAAUGCUACCGUCAAUGCCUGGCUUUGCAACCCAGCCAUCCACAAGCACUUACUAACCUUGGGAAUAUUUACAUGGAAUGGAACAUGAUGAGUGCUGCUGCACAAUGUUACAAGGCAACAUUAACUGUGACAACAGGACUGUCUGCACCUUUCAAUAACUUGGCAAUAAUCUACAAACAACAGGGUAAUUAUACAGAUGCUAUAUCUUGCUAUAAUGAAGUUCUGCGCAUUGACCCAUUGGCAGCUGAUGGCCUUGUCAAUAGGGGAAACACGUACAAGGAGAUUAGUAGGGUCAAUGAAGCAAUUCAAGAUUAUUUGCGUGCUAUUGCCAUUCGGCCAACCAUGGCUGAAGCUCAUGCAAAUUUGGCUUCAGCUUAUAAGGACAGUGGGCAUGUAGAAGCAGCUAUAAAAAGUUACAAGCAAGCAUUAGCUUUGCGCCCUGAUUUUCCAGAAGCAACUUGUAAUCUUCUACAUACCUUACAGUGUGUUUGUGAGUGGGAUCAUCGGGAUAAGAUGUUCGCUGAAGUUGAAGGGAUACUUCGGAGACAGAUAAAGAUGUCACUUAUUCCAAGUGUACAGCCGUUCCAUGCAAUUGCGUAUCCCCUUGAUCCAAUUCUGGCAUUGGAAAUUAGUCGUAAAUAUGCAGCACAUUGCUCCAUGAUUGCUGCCCGUUACUCGCUUCCUCCCUUCAAUCAUCCUUCAGCGGUACCCAUAAGAGGUGGAGGUCGGAACGGCCGACUAAGGGUUGGAUAUGUCAGCAGUGACUUUGGUAACCAUCCAUUAUCACAUCUUAUGGGCUCAGUAUUUGGCAUGCAUAAUAGGGAAAAUGUUGAGGUUUUCUGCUAUGCUUUAAGUCCAAAUGAUGGCACUGAGUGGAGGCUGCGUAUCCAAUCUGAGGCAGAGCACUUUGUAGAUGUGUCUUCCAUGCCAUCUGAUAUGGUUGCUAGGAUGAUUAAUGAUGAUCAAAUACAAAUCCUCAUCAACCUCAAUGGGUAUACCAAGGGGGCUAGAAAUGAAAUAUUUGCCAUGCAGCCUGCUCCCAUCCAGGUUUCAUAUAUGGGAUUUCCGGGAACAACAGGAGCAUCUUAUAUUCAAUAUUUGGUCACUGAUGAGUUUGUUUCACCUACAUGCUUCUCACAUAUCUACUCAGAGAAGCUUGUCCAUCUUCCUCAUUGUUACUUUGUGAACGAUUAUAAGCAGAAAAAUCGGGAUGUAUUGGAUCCAAGUUGCCAACCCAGGCGUUCAGAUUAUGGACUUGCAGAGGACAAGUUUAUAUUUGCCUGUUUCAAUCAGCUGUACAAGAUGGACCCUGAAAUUUUUUCAACUUGGUGCAAUAUACUUAGGCGUGUACCCAAUAGUGCACUUUGGCUUCUCAGAUUUCCAGCUGCAGGCGAAAUGAGACUUCGGACAUAUGCUGCUCUACAGGGAGUGCAACCAGACCAAAUUAUUUUCACUGACGUUGCCAUGAAAAGCGAACAUAUCAGACGAAGUUCUUUGGCAGAUCUUUUCCUUGACACGCCAUUGUGCAAUGCGCACACAACUGGAACUGAUGUACUUUGGGCUGGUCUUCCUAUGGUGACUCACCCCCUCGACAAAAUGGCAACUAGGGUUGCUGGUUCACUUUGUUUGGCCACUGGAGUUGGGGAGGAGAUGAUUGCCGACAGUAUGAAAGAGUAUGAAGAAAAGGCAGUGUCACUGGCACUAAAUCGCUCAAAGCUUCAGGAUCUUACUGACAGACUCAAAGCAGCCCGGUUGACAUGCCCUCUGUUUGAUACUGCCCGCUGGGUGAGGAAUCUAGAACGGUCAUAUUUCAAGAUGUGGAAUCUAUACUGCUCGGGUCAGCACCCUCAGCCCUUUAAAGUGACUGAGAAUGAUGUAGAAUUUCCAUACGAUAGAUCAUAGAUAGGCCUAAGAGAGACGGAUUGUUGAAAAAGCAAAGAGAAGGUAAAGCUGUUACUUGAAGGUUAUCUAUUCUUUGUUUAUCAAAGGGAAGAGGUUCUUGUCCUUCAAGAUGGUAGUCUAAAGUGGAUUGGGUUAAAUUUACUCACUUAGAUACAACUGUUAACAUAAUGCAAUUCGCAUUGUUGAUGUUAUAUACCUAUGCCAAUUGCAAUUCA